AUGAUCACACAGAAAAAGCAAUACGUGCAUUUGCAUCUUGUCACGGCUGUUUUGGGUUUGUUUGCAUGUUCUGUCUCGAAUGUGGAAGCCUCGUACACAUGUCUAAAAGUAAAAGGACCUAAAGAAAGUAACUGGACAAUGAUUGGAACCCGGUGUUUUCUAGAUGUGCAAACAUCGGGUAUCAAGUACUUAAAGGCCGAAAGUGAUUGUAAAACCCGAGGUGGGCACCUCGCAUCAGUCCAUAGCGACAUUGAACAAGCAUUUAUGGCUGAGAAAAUGAAAGACAACAAAUUGGGAUAUUACAUAGGUCUUAACGAUAUAGACAAAGAAGGCUCAUUUGUAUGGACAGAUGGAAGCCCCUAUUCAUACCAGAAAUGGGCACCCAAGCCGCGUAAUGUUAAUGGUAGACCAAAAUCGAGUGACUGUGCUCAAGUUACUGGGACAGGAUUCAAUACCACCGAAUGGCGAACUGUUCACUGUAACACAAGGACUGACGGUUAUAUCUGCAGUAAAGAAGCAGCAUCGUCAUGCAAUUCCACAGCCGACUGUCAUACAUUUGCAACGUGUAAAACAGAUAGAUAUUCAGGUGCCACUGGGUGCCAAUGUGAUAAAGGUUACACCGGAAAUGGAUCACAUUGUCAAGAUGUCGACGAAUGUGCUGUGUCCUAUGCUAAUGACUGUCAUAGAGUAUUUGGAAUUUGUAUAAACACAAAUGGUUCCUUUGACUGCAUGUGUGCGAGCGGUUACACCGGAAAUGGGAGACGCAUGUGCAGAGAUAUAAAUGAAUGCACAAAGAGAAAUAGUUGCCAUGAGUUUUCAAAAUGCAAAAACCUGAGAGGAUCAUACAAAUGCUCAUGUAUAAAAGGUUUUACUGGCAACGGAUGGAAUUGUUCAGAUAUUGACGAAUGUUUAGACAAUUCAAACAACUGCCAUCAGUUAGCCAACUGUACCAACAUACCGGGAUCGUACAUGUGUAGCUGUCCAACUGGGUACAAAGGAAAUGGAGUUUCGUGUGAAGCAACAACUCAAACUACAACAACAACAACAACAGAAAGCACAAUGACUGACAGUAACACCACUGAUGCUUCAACAAAAGCCAAUGACGCUAUCAGUACUACUGACGCUUCAACAACAGUGACUGAUGCUACCACCACUGAAGCUACAACAACAGUGACUGGCGCUACCACCACUGAAGCUACAACAACAGUGACUGACGCUACCACCACUGAAGCUCCACCAAAAGUUACUGACGCUUCCAACACUGAAGCUACAACAACAAUGACUGACGCUACCACCACUGAAGGUCCACCAAAAGUGACUGACGCUACCACCACUGAAGCUCCACCAAAAGUGACUGACGCUUCAACCACUGAAGCUCCAACAACAGUGACUGACGCUACCACCACUGAAGCUACAACAACAGUGACUGACGCUACCACCACUAAAGCGACAACAACUGCGACUGACGCUACCACCAAUGAAGCUACAACAACUGUGACUGACGCUACCACCACGGAAGCUACAACAACAGUGACUGACGCUACCACAACUGAAGCGACAACAACAGUGACUGACGCUACCACCACUGAUGCUACAACAACAGCGAUUGACGCUACUACCACUGAAGCUACAACAACAGUGACUGACGCUGUAACCACUGAAGCUACAACAACAGUGACUGACGCUACUACCACUGAAGCUACAACAACAGUGACUGGCGCUACCACCAAUGAAGCUACAACAACUGUAACUGACGCUACCACCACUGAAGCUACAAAAACAGCGACUGACGCUACUACAUCUGAAGCUACAACAACAGUGACUGACGCUAUUACCACUGAAGCUACAACAACAGUGACUUACGCUACUACCACUGAAGCUACAACAUCAGUGACUGACGCUACUACCACUGAAGCUACAACAACUGUGACUGACGCUACCACCACUGAAGCUACAACAAUAGUGACUGACGCUACCAUCACUGAAGCUACAACAACGACGGUUGACGCUACCACCACUGAAGCUAGAACAACAGUGACUGACGCUACUACCACUGAUGCCACAACAUCGGUUACAGACACCACCACCACUGAAGCUACAACAACAGUGACUGACGCUACUACCACUGAUGCCACAACAUCAGUGACAGACACCACCACCACUGAAGCUACAACAACAGUGACUGACGCUACAACCACUGAAGCUACAACAUCUGUGACUGACGCUACCACCGCCCAAGCUACAACAUCAGUGACAGACACCACCACCACUGAAGCUACAACAACAGUGACUGACGUUACAACCACUGAAGCUACAACAACAGUGACUGACGCUACAACCACUGAAGCUACAGCAACAGUGACUGACGCUACCACCACUGAAGCUACUACAACAGUGACUGACAUUACCACCACUGAUGUUAAAACAACAGUGCCUACAACGCCAACUGUACCUAAAUCCACAAACUCAACAAGCGAACCUACAACAACUGCCAAAUCAGGUGCACGAUCGGGAUUUCAUGGACCACCUUCGACAACGGUAACUUCUCCAACUAUAACAUCUACGGCAUCUUUCCAAAUACAAAAAAAGCCAGAGUGGACAAGAUAUAGUCCAUGGAGUAGAUGCGGAAGUAACAAAACAGCCAUAUGUUCGCCACAAUACAGGUUCAGAGCCAGAAUGUGCAUUUUUAGCAAUGGAAGUGUUGUCAGUGAAGAUUUGUGCGAUGGAGGAGAAGAUGCAGCAUAUGAGAAGGAAUGUUGCAAAGGAGAAGCGUGUAGAAUCAUGUGCGGACUGAAUAUGAACAAAACUGGGAUAAGGAAUUGGGCAGUCGGAAUCGAAAGAAGUAAUCCUCUACCAGAACGGUUUUGUCAUGGCAUUCUUCUUCACAAUUACUGGGUUUUAACAGCAGGACAUUGUGUUUGUGGUAUCAAACAGGAAUGCUGUUCACGGGAAACAAAGUCGUCUUCUAGUCCAUGGAGAGUUGAUAUACGAAAGUGUAACUACAGACGUUGGAAAAUCAGAGCCUUGGAUCCAAACCCCGACAAUGACUUAUACAUGGGUUUGCGAAACUUUCAAGAUAGUAUACACCCCAAUAAGAUAAUAGUUCAUGGUAAAUACACAAUGGUAGACAAUGUAGUCACACAUGAUAUUGCUUUAAUACGCUUGAAGAGUCCAGUCCGUAUGGGAGCUGGGAAUGACGAUCCGCGACCAGCGUUGUUGCCUGGAGUGAUUUGUAGCGAUUCUACGAAAGAAGAAAACACGUGUUCAACCCACUGGACCGAUUCACUUAUGCAGGACUGCUUUGCUACGAUAGGUGGAAAGACGUUUGCACGAAGAGGAGUAACAAGAUUGAAAAUUUUCGAAGAUACCUUUCAUGAACAAAGUCAAGAAGAUAUAAAAGAAAUUGGCGUUAAAUUAGAGCGUACUGGUCAACAUUCACAAUCACCGGGCUUGGGAGAUAGUGGUGGUCCCCUAUCUUGCAAAGUUGCCGAUAAUUCCACACAAGAGGUUGUGCUAGGAGUCCUAAGUUCGACUUCUAUGGAAGGAUGUAGAUCAAGAGACGCUUGUACAACUCAAGUCAUGUCUAUACCACACUACAUGCAGUGGAUCAUGGGAAGGGUCAAAGAUUGGGCAGAAUGGGGUGCCUGGUCGUCGUGCUCUGCAGAUUGUAAGAAUAUUGGCUGCGGUUCUCAAUGUAGUGAAGGGAAACGACAGCGAAUACGUGGCUGUAUCAAACCAAUCAAUUUUGUGGAAAUCGACGCUCGUUAUGGGAGGUUUAAAGACAAGUGUUCGUUCGGGACCGACAAAGAAAUUUGUACCAUGAACCAUGAAUGUGCAAAUUCCACUUGGGGCAAAUGGUCAGAGUGGAGCAAAUGUAAAACGAAUAAAUUUGAUAGGACUGUCCGAUUUCGAGAAAGACAUUGCAAAAUGGAGGAUGGAAAAAUAGAUCCAAGCAUAGAGAAUUGUAAACCUCAAAAUAAUGGAAUCACAUCCAGAGAGACGCAACCAUGUGCGACAAAACCAAAGGGAGAUGUUGGACAACCAAGAGGUGUAACAGAUAAACCACAAUUUGAUCACUUCAAAGAAACCUGCAAGAACGCAUCACAAAAUCGGGUUUGGUUAGCGGCUUUAUAUGAGAAGGGGAGAUUAAUGUGUGCUGGAACCCUCAUCAAUAAGAAUUGGAUGCUGGCCCCGGCAGAGUGUUUUAGUAGUUAUGGAACUGACAGUCCAAUGACGUGCAUAAACAUCGACGACUGGAGAGUGAAAUUCGCCAAGCCGAUGUCUUCACCCGGGGAUGAUACACCGUCAUGGAAGUUAUCAAUGAUAAUAUUAGAUCCAAAAUUUGAAGUUCUGGAUCUUGAGAAGCGGUUGUUUAAGAAUAACAAAGCGAUGCUUAAACUCGAAACAUCAUUUGAAGAGACUGAUGCGAUAUGUGUUCGAACAUUCAAUCACAGUUAUCCCAAAUUGAAGGCAACGCAGCCUGUGUUCGGGAGUAUAUACUAGUUUAAUCUAAGAUAUGGAUAAUAUCUCAUACUUAGAGAACCAACUCAAAAGUCAUUCAUGUAAUUUAUUAUGUGGUAAACG